AUGGCAUUCAUAACUAUUGAAAGAAUCUCUGUCCUUGAUAUUGUUAAGAAAAUUACAAGUAACGUUGAUGAAGUUGUAGAACAGUUGCGAUGUAAAAAUAAACACUGGAAAGUAUUUAAGAGAGAAGAAUUGCCAAUUCGUAUGCACUAUUAUGAUAACAGGCGUAUACCCGAAAUUGUAGUUUUGCCGGAUUCAAAUUGGAUCGUUAGACCUUCAUAUGAUCCUGAUUUCACAUCCUGCCAUGGCGCUAAUCACGGUUGGAACAAUCUGGAUCCAGACAUGAGAACAAUUUUUAUAGCAGGCGGACCAGCCUUUAAGAGUGGACUUAUUAUCAAACCCUUUUUAAAUAUCGAAAUUUAUAACUUAAUGGCUACUAUUUUAAAUGUUUCACCAGCUAAAAAUAAUGGGACACUUGGAAGACUACAUCAUAUUCUAAAAAAUCCUCCACCAAUUUCGAAAUCUAGUGCUAGUCUACCCGGUAAGGUAUGCAGAGUACCUCAAGAAUCUGCAAUCUUAGCAGUUAGACAGAAUUGCACCGAAUGUAUUUGUUCUUUUUGCCAUGAAUCGACUGCCUCUCCUAAUAAAGACACGUGCUAUCAUCGUGACAUACGAUUAGAUAUUGCAACACAGACUUCUAAUUGCUCAAAUUAUGUAAACUCCAGCUAUGAAAAGGGACAUCUCAUGCCUAAAAGCGAUGUAAGCUUCGAUGUGGUAACUCAAUCCAAUUCAAACAUGUUAUCUAAUAUCGUACCGCUCCAUGCUGCAUUUAAGACAGGACCAUGGAACUACUUGGAGAUGUUAAUUAAUAAAUGGUCUAAAAAGUACGGAGGGAUUUUUGUUAUAUCAGGAGCAAUGAUAAAAGCCGAUCAUGAAACGGUCAUGAGCGAUCCUUCAUAUUGGCUAAACGGCGAAAUAGGCUCUGUAGCUAUUCCGACGCAUCUUUAUAAAAUAGUUGUAAAAUGUCAAGACUCGGAUCAAGUCGCAUGUAAUGGAUCAGCAAGCAAUCACAAACCAUGUGGUGGUAAAUUGGAAGCAUUAUCAUUUAUACUGCCACAUAGUAAAUCAGCCUCACCUCAAUGUCACUCUGCCGUAUCGCAAAUCUUUGAUCAUGUUUCCAGUAUAGCUGAUAUCGAAAAAUUGACUGGCAUCGAUUUCUUCCCUGAACUUUCAGCAGAGUUACAAGUUACGUUUGAAACCCAAACACCCACAGAGUUAUGGUCGAUUUUUUAA